CUAGACUUGCCAGAAGCAACAGAGGACUAAAGAUGAAGAUCUUUUUCUUAGUCACCUUUUCCAUUUUUUUGUUGUCUGCUUUUGAACAAGCGGCUGCUUCUGCUCACUAUGACAAGAUUUUAACUCAUAGUCGAAUAAGGGCACGCGACCAAGGUCCAAAUGUCUGUGCCCUUCAGCAAGUUAUGGGAACAAAAAAGAAAUACUUCAGCACCUGCAGAAACUGGUACCAGGGAGCCAUCUGUGGAAAGAAAGCAACUGUCUUAUAUGAGUGCUGUCCUGGCUAUAUGAAGAUGGAUGGUAUGAGAGGAUGUCCUGCAGUUGCUCCUAUUGAUCACGUAUAUGGCACACUUGGUAUUGUGGGAGCUACCUCCACACAGCAGUAUUCUGACAUAUCAAAGCUGAGAGAAGAGAUUGAGGGUCGAGGAUCAUUCACUUUCUUUGCACCAAGCAAUGAAGCCUGGGAGCAAUUAAAUUCAGAAAUUCACAGAAAUUUGGUUGACAAUGUAAAUAUUGAACUAUAUAACGCUCUCCACCAUCACAUGGUAAACAAGCGCAUGUUGACAAAAGAUCUUAAGAAUGGCAUGACUCUGGUGUCUAUGUAUAAUAACCAGAAAUUGCUAAUUAACCAUUAUCCUAAUGGAGUUGUUACUGUUAACUGUGCCAGGAUCAUCCAUGGAAACCAGAUCGCUACCAAUGGUGUUGUUCAUGUCAUUGAUCGUGUCCUGACUGCUGUUGGAAAUACCAUUCAAGAUUUCAUUGAAGUUGAGGAUGAUCUUUCAUCUCUUAGAGCUGCUGCCAUUACAUCAGAUGUUUUGGAUAUUCUUGGAAGGCCUGGUCAUUACACACUCUUUGCUCCCACUAAUGAAGCUUUUGAGAGACUUCCAAGGGGAGUCUUAGAAAGGAUCAUGGGUGACAAGGUGGCUUCUGAAGCUCUCGUGAAGUUCCAUAUUUUAAAUACUCUCCAGUGCUCUGAAGCCAUCACAGGUGGAGCUGUCUAUGAAACCUUGGAAGGAAACACAGUUGAAGUUGGUUGUGAUGGUGAAAGUCUGACUGUGAAUGGAGUGAAGAUGGUGAAACGCAAAGAUAUUGUGACAAGCAAUGGCGUUAUCCACCUCAUUGAUGAAGUGCUAAUUCCUGAUUCUGCCAAGCAAGUCAUUGAGCUUGGGGGUGCCCAGCAGACUACUUUUACAGACCUGGUGGCACAGCUAGGACUGGCAUCUUCUCUAAGACCAGAAGGCCAAUACACUCUCCUGGCACCUCUGAAUGGUGCUUUCUCAGAUGACACCUUAAGGAUGGAUCAACGCCUUCUUAAAACAAUCCUGCAGAAUCACAUUAUAAAAGUGAAAGUUGGGCUCAAUGAACUGUACAAUGGACAAGAGCUGGAGACUAUUGGAGGAAAACUGCUUAGAGUCUUUGUGUAUCGCACAGCUGUAUGUAUUGAAAAUUCGUGCAUGGUCAGAGGAAGUAAAGAAGGAAGGAAUGGUUUUAUUCACAUUUUCAGACAGAUCAUCAAUCCAGCAGAAAAGACAUUGCAUGAAAUGCUAAGAAAUGAUAAACGGUUUAGCGUUUUCCUCAGUCUGGUGAAAGCUGCAGAUUUAGAUGAUGUUCUGUCACGGCCUGGAGAAUGGACUCUGUUUGUUCCAACUAAUGAUGCCUUUAAAGGUUUGACUGAUGACGAUAAGGAUAUAUUGAUAAGAGACAAAAAUGCUCUCAGGAACAUUCUCCUUUACCACUUGACACAAGGAGUUUUCAUUGGAAGUGGCUUUGAGCCUGGUGUGACAAACAUUCUUAAAACUAUCCAAGGAGGGAAACUCUACUUGAAAACAGUGAAUGAUACUCUUCUGGUUAAUGAACUGAAAUCAAGAGAAUCUGAUCUCAUGGCAACCAAUGGUGUCAUUCAUGUUAUUGAUAAACUGCUAUAUCCAGCGGAUCUGCCUGUUGGAAAUGAUCAAUUGCUCACAAUCCUGAAGAAGUUGAUUAAGUACAUUCAAAUUAAGUUUGUUCGUGACAGUACCUUCAAAGAGAUUCCACUGACGUUUUACAGUCCUGAAAUAAAAUAUACCAGAAUUACUGCAGGUGGUUCAGACAAUGAAGAAAAGUUAAAGAAAUUGCUUGAGGAAGAGGUUACCAAGGUGACCAAAUUUAUUGAAGGUGAUGGUCAUUUACUUGAAGAUGAAGAAAUCAAAAGACUUCUGCAGGGAGCUGGAACUGAGUACACCAAGGUUACUAAAGUAAUUGAGGGAGAGCCACAGAUUAUCGAGAGAGAAAUCAAGAAAGUCCAUCUGGAAGAAGCACCUGUACGGAAAGUACAACCAACCAGGAGGACACAAGGGGGAACAGGAAGAAGGAGGACAAGACUAGUUCAUUCCUAA